GAGCCAGAAGCUUCAAUGUUGGAUGCCGUGCUAUGACAACGUCACUGCUCCUCCGUCCUCGCUGGGUCGACCCGUCGGUGAUGUUCCUCUACGACAACGGCGGCGGUUCCGAUGAAGUGAGCAAGAACAUGGAGGGCUUUGCUGGUGGCAACUUUGCUGCGAACCAGUGCAGGAAUCUGAUGGCGCACCCUGCGUCUCUGGCACCUAGUUCGGCUUAUUCGUCCAGCGACGUACCCACCUCCGGCAUGGGCGAACCAGUGAAACAGUGCAGCCCCUGCUCUGCAGCUCAGAAUUCAUCCAGCGCGUCCCUGCCAUAUGGGUACUUCGGUUACCCGUGCAGAAUGUCGCAUCACAGCAGCAUAAAGUCGUGCGGAACGCAGCCCCCGUCCGCAUAUGGAGACAAAUACAUGGACACGUCUGCCUCAGGCGACGAUUUCACCUCUCGGGCAAAGGAAUUUGCUUUUUAUCCAACGUACCCCUCGGGUCCAUACCAACCUGUUCCCAGUUACCUGGACGUUCCUGUGGUGCCAACUAUCAGUGCGCCGUCAGAGGCCAGGCAUGAGUCCUUGUUGCCCAUGGAGAGCUACCAACCGUGGACUCUCGCCCCCAACGGCUGGAACAGUCAGGUUUACUGCGCCAAGGAGCAGCCUCAGCCUGGACACAUGUGGAAGUCCUCCAUACCAGACGCAGUGUCUCACUCCGGGGGGGACUCCGGUUCCUACCGACGUGGAAGAAAGAAGCGCGUGCCAUACACCAAGGUGCAACUGAAGGAACUCGAGCGAGAGUACGCCGCCAAUAAAUUUAUCACGAAGGACAAAAGGAGGAGGAUAUCUGCUCAGACCAACCUGUCCGAGAGACAGGUCACGAUAUGGUUUCAGAACAGACGCGUAAAGGAGAAGAAAAUUGUCAACAAAUUGAAACCCAUCAGUUAGUUAUUUUUUAUUUUUAUUUUUUAUUUUUUUCUUAAAUACGGACAAAAAUCUGUGGGAGAUAAACUUCCACACAUAUACAAACACAAAUACACUUGCGUUUGGACACAUGGAUUGGAACAGCAAACUCCUUUUGACUCAACAUGAUUCACAAGCAACUGAUCCCCGGACCUUCUGAAACAAGAAUUCCGGGGCAUGUGAAUGCCGGGAUCUCCAUUUCCUGCCAAUUGUUGUUAAAUAUUGUUCAUGGACUCAAGUGGAAGAAAAGAAAGAAAUAUCUAGCUCCAGUUUGUGUGACUAAUUCUCUUAUUUUAUUUUAUUUUUUUUUAUAUAUUGGCAUGCUUACUCUCAAAGCAGGAAAACUGACCCCAGAUCAGAGAAGUGUGCGCCACCGAGCUACACCUUUAUCUACAAGUUUAACGAGAGUGAUAAACGGAAGAUUCACCGGAAGUGACCGUGCCGUGGAUUUGGACCUUGGGAAUGUUAAAUAUUAAUCACUCCCGUCUUCCUUUUAAAACCUACUCACACGCUUAGCUUGUAUGAAGUUUUUAGUCUUAUAUGAAUCCGUGCUCUCAUUCAUAUUCAAUCCAUGGUGCAAUUGUUAUUAUAAUGCUUAGAUAAUCGUCCGGGAUAUGUGUUCAUAUCAAUCAUAGCUUUUAUAAUGUGUGCGUAUUCAUGUGGUUGUAUAUAAGUAUAAAAGUAAAUUCCGGCAUGAUAUCCA